UGGUGGAACGACAGUAGCAACGCUCGUCCUCACGUGUAGGCAUGCAGUACUUGAGGGCUCUAGCUUGUACGCUUCACAUGUCAGUUGGGCUCCGAGCGCAAUAGGCGGCGAUGCCAUGUCCAUGCUGCAGGCUCGAGGCAUCCCUGACGGACGUGCCGAAGCGAAGACGAGACGGGAAGGAACUCAUGCAUAUGUACCGCAAAACCUACGGCAUUUGGCACUUCCAGCGUCGCCUUGUCUUAUGCCAGCCCCCUUUCAUCCGCCAACAGCGCGCGCAAGCACAGCGCUCAAUGCGCACUUGUUUGAUGUCGGUUUUGAGUACCAACCUGCCCUUUCGCUUCACCAGCGCGGACGGUUGAAGGAUCAAAAGGGCAGCGCGAGGCGCCUCUAGUGCCCGACAACAUGCAACCUGCAGAUGCAUGAUGUUGGAUCCCGAGGCUGUGCCCCCAUUUUACAGCAGAUCAUCGUAUGACGGUUGGCGCCAUGAGCUUUUCUUGACCACAGUCGUUACUCGUACGAGAUGCGGAAGU